AUUGGCUUAUUUUGCUAUAAGAAAACAACUUUGGAGGACAAACUACAAUUUUAGAUUCCUACAUUGGGAUUAUUACUAAAACAACAUACAAAGAAAAAUCCACUGAUGCCUUUUCUCAUCCCACUUCUUCAUUGAAGACUGAAAAGACUUACCUGAUUUCUGUUUGUUAAUGACUCUCAUAUAAAGAAACUGUUGAAGAUAAAGUGUCCAAACACAGAGAAAAACUCCUGCUGAAGCGACUGAUCUCCACACUGUUAUAAAGAUGGCGUUUAUUAAAGAGGAGAGUGAAGAUGUGAAGAUUGAAGAGACAUUCACAGUCGAACAGGAAGAUCUGCAGGAACAAACAGAAAUAAUUGAAGAGAACGAGAGGAGUAUAGAGGAGGAACAUCAUGUCAAAAUUGAGGAAAAAACUUUUUUACAGACUGAUGGUAUUUUGAAAAGGAGAGACAAGAAUCGUUUCACCUGCACUCAGUGUGGAAAGAGUUUUGGAAGAAAAGACAUUCUUAAGAUUCACAUGAUGAUCCACACUGGAGAGAAACCAUUCACAUGCACCCAGUGUGGGAAGAGUUUCAGCUUAUUGUGGUCCCGUAAUCUACACAUGAGGAUCCACUCUGGAGAGAAACCAUUCACAUGCACCCAGUGUGGGAAGAGUUUCAGCUUAUCGUGGUCCCGUAAUCUACACAUGAGGAUCCACUCUGGAGAGAAACCAUUCACAUGCACUCAGUGUUGGAAGAGUUUCAGCAGCUCAUCACACUUUAAUUACCACAUGAGGGUCCACACUGGAGAGAAACCAUUCACAUGCACUCAGUGUGGGAAGAGUUUCAGCUGCUCAUCAUCCCUUAAUCAACACAUGAGGAUCCACACUGGAGAGAAACCAUUCACAUGCACUCAGUGUGGGAAGAGUUUCAGCCAAUCAUCACACCUUAAUCACCACAUGAGGAUCCACACUGGAGAGAAACCAUUCACAUGCACUCAGUGUGGGAAGAGUUUCAGCCGCUCAUCAUACCUUAAUCAACACAUGAGGAUCCACACUGGAAAAAAAACAUUCACAUGCACUUAAGCCGCAGUCAUACUGGACUUUUCUACCCAUACACUUCCUUGCGUGUAUUCCAGCAUGUAGACUGUCUGUCUGUACCUGGGAGUAUUUCAUGUUGUCUCUGAGUGUACUACAUUCAUUCAUGAGAAAGACUUUUUUCAAACCAAUCAGUGCGCUCUAUUGUGUAUUUGGGGCAACUUCAUUAAUAUGUAUGAUAGCUUUAAAGACUGUUUUACCUGAAACAGUGUUCAGACGACAGAGAGACGACUAGUUGGGUUGCCAAAACAAGUGGGAGAAGAGGAAUUGUUUAAAGUCAGUACGUUAAUAUCAAUACAAUAUUAUGGACUGAAGGAUCUGCUGUAAAUGCUGGUCUCUUGAGUGUAAACAUGUAAACGCGUUUUUUGACAGGAUAGUCUACACGAGCACAUGGCUUUCUGACAUACUGAGUGCAUCUCAGUUACCGAGAAAUGCAGUUUUUUUUCCUCUUAUACAAUGUGCGGUAUCAAACAUUCCACUGUCAUUAAACAGUCAGUUACUGAUGUCCCUGUAAACAGUCACUGUCUUUCUCCCCUGCGUCUGUGUGUUUGUUGUGCCUCUGUGAAAAUUUUGUAGAAAUGUGUUGCGCUCCUUGCGUUUACUGUAAACACAAUGAUGGCAACUGAGAGAAGAACAGUUUCAUAAACAUCUGGCAAACAGCAUCUCUGCUGCUUAAAAUCUUUUUGCAAGUGAUUGUACAGGUGUGGAUACAUCUGUACUCUACUCUUCAGUGUAUUCAUGUAGCUAGUGUUGUUUUCGAUGAUGUUCUUUGUCUGACUCCCUGAAUGAGAAAAAAAAAAUCAUCUAUUUAUUAGUAAAGUUUCUUUACUUUUAGAUUCAAAAUUCUUUCUAGUUUACUACAUUUACUGUUUUGAGUAGAAUACAAACUUGAUGAAUAUUUUAUGAUUUAGGCAGAGCGACAAGUAUUUAGUUUUACAAUAUUAAUACACUGUGAUAAUCCCAAGACUCCAGAUUGGAAUAUGUGGUAAAUCCUGAUUGGAUUCCUGCAUUACUCAUCAAUGGGUAUAUAAAAGUUGUUGUGCUAGCUACCCCUGGACGCUGUGGCUACUCAGGAGUCCACAUGUCAAGACCUGCCAUCUCAUUGACUCUUUAACUUUAUGGUUUUGUUUUGCAUUACUUAUAUUAUGUAGUUAAAGUGUUGUUGUGAUUAUAUCCUAAGUUCUUUAUCUUCAUUAUUAUGCCUAGACAUUUGUUGGUUGCUUUGAUUGAUUGUUCUGAGUUACAUUUUAUAAUAAAUCAUUUGCAUUCAG